GGAUGGGGCAGGUCUUGGCCAAGCUCUUGGGCAUCUUCGGAAGCCGAGAGCACAAGGUAAUCAUUAUUGGUUUGGACAAUGCUGGAAAAACUACCAUCCUCUACCAGUUCCUCAUGAAUGAAGUUGUACACACAUCCCCCACCAUUGGAAGCAAUGUAGAAGAAAUUGUUCUGCGCAAGACGCACUUCCUGAUGUGGGACAUCGGUGGGCAAGAAGCCCUGAGGUCUACCUGGAACACCUACUAUUCCAACACUGAAUUUGUCAUUCUCGUGAUCGAUAGCACGGACCGUGAGAGGUUGACAGUGACAAAAGAGGAGCUGUACAAGAUGUUGGCUCAUGAGGACCUGCGCAACGCAGCCGUGUUGAUAUUUGCCAACAAGCAGGAUGUCAAAAAUUCCAUGUCUGCCUUGGAGAUCUCCAAGUUUCUGACCCUCAGCUCCAUCAAAGACCAUCCAUGGCAUAUUCAAGAAUGUUGUGCACUCACGGGGGAAGGCCUUCCAGCUGGUUUAGAGUGGAUGACUUCUCGGGUUCAAGCUAACUGACACCAGCCAAAGCUACGCUAGAGAAGAAAGACAACUUUGUGUAUUUAUUUCCGUUUUCCAG